AUGUUCUGGCGGUUUGGCGGCUAUGCCAACGUGUCGGCAAUCGACUCCAUCCUGGAGAAGAGCGAGUUCACGACCGAGGAGCUCCUAGACGAGAGCGACUUAAUACAAGAGCUGAAGCAGCACAACACAAAGCUACUAGAAUAUAUAAGGAAACGGGAAGUCCUCGAAAAGCUGCUGGAUUAUGCCGUCGCCCCAAAGCUCGAGCCCGUUGCGGUGCCUGACAAGAAAGACGAGGAUGAGAAGGGCAAGGCGCCCGCCUUUUCUUUCUCCCGUCCAAGAGCGUCAUCGCGCGCUACCGAGCCUGGCUCUGAAGAGGAGGAGGCCGAGAAGCGACGCAACAAGUAUGCAUUCGUUGCGAGCGAGAUCCUCUCCUCGGACAACUGGUCUGUCAUCGAGGCUCUGAUGGACGUGCAGAACAGAGAUCUGCUCCACACUUUCUGGAAGUUCCUGGAAAGGCCGUCGCCUCUAGACCCUCUGCAGGCCAGCUACUUUACCAAGGUCAACGAGACGCUUUUCGACAAGAAGACGGAGGAAAUGAUCUCCUUUCUGAAGUCUGUGGACGGCGCCGUGCCAAACAUGCUGCGCCAUGUUGACAGCCCGAUGGUCAUGGAUUUGUUGCUCAAGAUCAUCACCCUCGAGAGGACAGAUGCGGGUCAUGGCAUUGUGGAGUGGCUUUUCACCAAAGAUGUGAUGCCAUCUUUGCUGUCAUUCCUCGGCCCUGAAAACAGCUGGGCAACCCAAACAUCGGCGGGCGACUUCAUGAAGGCCAUAAUCACGGUGUCCGCGAAUGCCUCUCAGAACGAGCAAACGUGCAUCGGACCGAACGAGUUGACUAGACAGCUUGUGUCUAAGCCUUGCGUCGAACAAUUGAUCGGAUACAUGCUCGGUGGUGGCAAUGCGCUCACCGUUGGUGUCGGCAUUGUCAUCGAGGUCAUCCGAAAGAACAACUCGGACUAUGACCCGGAUGUGGGCGCCGAAGCGAACUCAGUGCCCUCCAGUCGGGACCCGAUCUAUCUUGGGACUCUCCUCCGCAUGUUUGCCGAGAGCGUUCCAAAAUUCAUGAACCUGAUCAUGAUUGGCGAGGAGAAGCCUCACUUCGAAUCCACCUUUGGGGAGAGAAUCCAGCCGCUCGGCUUUGACAGGUUCAAGACGUGCGAACUCAUGGCUGAACUUCUUCACUGCAGCAAUAUGGGUCUACUCAAUGAGGUUGGUUCAGAGGCUUUGAUAGCAGCGAGGGACGCAGAGCGCCACAGAUUGAGGGCCCAGGGAAGCCUGACCGCCAUCCGGGGAGAGGAGGCGCCUGCCAGCGGGGACGAUCUGACUAUGCGUCUGGGCUCAUCGCCUCCGGAAAGACGGCUCGAGAUCACGAACAUAUCCGAUGACGACGGCUUCGAGGAGGUCAUCAACGCAGCAGAGAUGCGGGAGGACACGUCUCACGAGUUUGUCAAGGCCGAGGAAGAGAUCCCUCAGUCACUUCCUGCCUCGUCAUUCCUGGAUAAGGACGAGGAUGAUUUUGUGGAUGAGCCCCUCAGCUCCCCGCGACUCAAUGUCUCGGACUCGAAAGUGGAGGAGCAACACUUUGAGGAGCCUGAUAUGGUUGUACAACCGUUGUCCCCUCGGAAAUUGGCAACAGCGGAAUUGGCCAAGACCGAACCGUCGGACUCAUCUGAGUCGAACCCGACUUCCCACAAGGUCACAACCACGAUCAAGGAGAUUGAGGGAAUGGUGCUUGGCGGUGAGAGCGGAGACGCUCAAUCCGAUGGUUCUGAUGUGAUGAUGACCGAUGCUUCGAGCCUUCCUAUCCAUACUCCUACUUCCUCUGUUUCAGAAACGGCUCCUGGGAGCCCCAAACAAAGUGUGGCCAGCGCAUCGGAUGCCAAGCCACCAGGAGCAUCUGGCCCUCUCGAGCCCCAGCCAGAGGAUAUUCCAGCCCCUCUCUUCUCCAGCUCCCCUACAAAAUCCACUGCAGACGUAACUGCACCAGGUCCAUCAUCGACGUCCAACGAAGAGAAGCCAACAGACGUCAAGUCUGAUGAUGCCUCUCGAGGUGCCACAGCCACGACCGGUACACAAGAAAGUGGCGAGGAAUCCAUUAUUGUCGGCCACGAAGUCGAGCAGACGGCAGCAGAUAACGAUCAAAUUAAGCCGGUCGUGGGCGACUUUUUGAAAAUGCAGUUUGUGGAUUACAAAGUCGUGCCCACAAUACUGUCCUUUUUCUUCAAGUAUCCCUGGAACAACUUCCUGCACAACGUGGUCUACGAUGUUGUUCAGCAGGUUUUUAACGGUCCGAUGAACAGGGGUUUCAACCCAACUCUGGCGAUUUCGCUCUUCGAGUCUGCCGACAUCACAGCGCAAAUAAUCAAUGGCCAGCUUACUAGCGAGCAAUCUGAGGCCAAGACAAAGACGCGCAUGGGCUACAUGGGUCACCUGACUUUGAUUGCCGAGGAAGUUGUCAAAUUCAACGAGAGGCACCCACCAGAGUUGCUUUCAGAGACAGUACUCGAAAAGGUCAUGUCUCCGGAGUGGAGCAACUACGUCGAGGGUCCGUUGGCGGAGACUAGGGAGCGCGACAAUGCGAUUCUUGGUGGCGUUCGGCCGGACGUGGCCAUGUCCAACAGAGCCGCUGCUCAGAGCAGCGGGCUUGCUGCGGUAGGCUUGUCCAGUUUGAGUGCCAAUUCUCAGGGUUCCUCGGCCCUAGCCGACGCUGGGUUGAACGGAGGUCUCGACCUACAAGAGAAUGGUGGUUCCAACCUGUCGCAGUUUGCUAUCAGCGCAGGAACCAUGGGAGGGCUGUCCGGUUUCGGAAGCUCAAGUGACGAAGAGGAUGACGAUCAAGAGGAUAAUGACGACGACGUCGCAACUGAGUUUCGUGCCUACACAGACCCGCUGAGUUCUUCAAAAGCUAGCGGACCAUCACUGAAUCCUCCAUCCAUUCCGCCACCGCCUCCCCCGCCACCGCCAUUGAACAUCCCGCCGUCAAGGGCACGACUGCAACUUGCGGCGCGCCUGGCUAUGAAUAAGCGAAAUGCGGCGUCUUCGGCAGACGGCGGGCAGGAAAACCGGGCUUCCGGAUCCUCUGGCGAUCCAAGCAACGGCAGCAGAGCUGCGGAGGACGACAGCCCAAACCAGGGCCUCCUGCACCAGCCUCUGCACAACAUGUCGUUGGCAGAACGGCUCAAGGACCCAUUCGCCGACGAGGUGGAGGACGAUGAGGACGAUGAUGAUGCCGACAGCGCCUUUGCCAACGCCGGGGACGACAAGGGCUCGACGUCGACCGGUGGCGGGUGGAACCGCGGAAACUGGUGGCGCGGCGUGGUCCGAGGCGGUGGCACAAGCAGCACCACCACCCCCAACGCUCAAAAGGCAGAAAAGUUUGGAGAUGGCAGGGACGAUGAUGACAGCGACCUCGAGGAUGACGACGAUGAGGAGUUUGGCGACUUUGCCAUGCCCGAGGUCAUGGACCCACCGGUGCGGGCUUCGGACGGGCCGGCGGGGAAGUUCUUCGACCGCGAGAGGGAAAAGGUCCUCCUGAAGCCGCUGCCGGUUCACCCACCCCACGGUUCCGCCGCUGGAGGUUCGGCAAGUGGCGGCGGCGGGAGCAAGUUUGGAAGUCUCUGGCCAUUUGACGGUCUCGGGUUUGGAGGCAGUGCCGAGGGAUCCAAGGAGGCUACUGGCGAGAAGAAGGAUCCCGGUGCGGGAGUCAAGAGCACCGACGGAGUGGAGGGCUCGGCUGCCAAGGCAUCCGGACCGGUGAACGGGAAGGACCAGGACGAGCCGGUGGUGGUUAAUGAGGAUGGAAAACGGGUGGAGCGGACGGUGGAGGCCAAGAGAAGGACGAGCAUUGAGGAUCCUGACGACGAUGAUGACGAUGAGGUCGUAGUUUAG